GGGAAGAGGAGGCGGAGCUGCCCGGCCAAGAGAAGGCGAGGAAGAAAUCUCCGCGUUGGCGCCGUCGCCCGUUUCCCGGAUUCCGCCUUGCGCUUCUCCAACGCCGCCCGUGGGAGGGAGAGCUUAACGAUGCUUUUUAAAGGGACCCUGGCCGUCAUCUUGUUCUGGGGGGUUUUCCCCACCGAAAGCAGAGAAUCUCGGGGCCACGUGUCGGUCAUUCUCCUGGGGGCCACGGGGGAUCUGGCCAAAAAAUACCUGUGGCAAAGCUUGUUCCAGCUUUACCUGGACGAAGUGAGCAAUGGGCACACUUUCACCUUCUAUGGGGCCACUCAGCAGGAGCCCGAGGUGGGGCGAAAGCUGAUGUUUGAGCCCUUGAAGAAGCUGGCCUGCUUGCCGGAGGUGCCACCCGACAGAUGCGCGGUGCUAAAGGACCAGUUCUUGAAAUUAACGGAGUACCACCAGCUCAAAGGGGAAGAAGACUAUGCCAAGCUCAGCCAGAGCAUUAAGACCAGCCUCGCUCAGGAGGAGCUGGUGGAAAGCGGACGCAUCUUUUACCUGUCUGUGCCACCGUUCGCCUAUGCCAAAAUUGCCCGGCACGUUAACAGCAGCUGCAGGCCUCCCUCCGGCGCCUGGUUGCGGGUGGUGCUGGAGAAACCCUUUGGCCACGAUUGGGUGUCUGCGCAACAGCUGGCCGAGGAGCUGGCGAAGGUCUUCCGCGAAGAGGAGAUUUACCGGGUGGAUCACUACCUGGGGAAGCAGGUGGUCGCUCACAUUUUACCUUUCCGGGAUCAAAACCGAGAAAAACUGGACCCUGUCUGGAACCAGCAUCACGUGGAGCGUGUGGAAAUUGUUCUGAAAGAGACGGUGGACGUCAAAAAUCGCACGGAGUUUUACGAACAGUACGGGGUCCUCCGGGACAUGCACCAGAACCACCUCACCGAAAUCCUGAUGUCUCUCGCCAUGGAGCUGCCGGCCAACCUCACCAGCGCGGGAGACGUUCUGCGUAGCAAACUUAGCGCUUUCUCCUCUUUGCGAAGCUUGGACAAAACCAGCGCCGUGAUUGGCCAGUACGAGGCGUACGGCGCCCAAGUGAGGGAGGAGCUUCAGAAAGGGCAGGAGCAUUAUACCAAAACCCCAACGUUUGCAGGGGUGCUGGUCCAUUUGGAUAACCUACGCUGGGAAGGGGUGCCUUUCAUCCUCACCUCCGGCAAAGUCCUUGACGAACGGGUUAGCUACGUCCGGAUCCUCUUCAAAAACCAGGCGCACUGCGUCCAGACGGAAAGCGCCUGGGAGGCCGAGCACAGCCAGUGCAAGCCAAAACAGAUCAUCUUCUACAUCGGGCACGGAGAGCUGAAUACACCCGCCAUCCUAGUCAGCCGUAACCUCUUUAAGCCAGCCAUGCCAGCCGGCGCCUGGAAAGAGUUCCUGGAUCGCCCUCAGCUGCGCCUUUGGGGACAACAACUCUCCGAUUAUCAUGUCUACGUCCCCGCGGUCAAGAGGGAGGCUUACGCCUUCCUGCUCUCCGCGAUCUAUCAUGGAAAAAAGGAAUCCUUCAUCACCACGGAGAAUCUGCUGGCUUCGUGGGCAUUUUGGUCCCCGUUGCUGGAUCAGCUGAGCCGCGAUUCACCCCGCCUGUAUCCCGGCGGUCAGGAAAAUGGGCACCUGCUGGAUUUUGAGGUGGCGGGCCAGGAAGUGGCGUUCCUAGCCAGAGAGACCCUUCAGAUGAUCGACCCUGAGGAGAAACACACAGCAGACCGAUUCCAGACCGUGCUUUCCACAUUUCGAGAGAGCCGGUUGAUUACCGCCUGGGCAGACGACCUCAUUGGCCGCCUGGCGUCCGACAUAGAAACCGCGGCGAUGGCUGCCAUCCGGAGGCGCGGCAAAUUCCAUUUGGCGCUUUCGGGCGGAUCGAGCCCCUUGGCCUUGUUCCGACAACUCGGCAGACACUGCUACAGCUUCCCGUGGAAGCAGACGCAUUUGUGGCUGGUGGACGAGCGCUGCGUCCCGCUGGCCGAUCCGGAAUCGAAUUUCGGCCACCUGCACCAGCACUUACUCCAAUAUAUCCGGAUUCCUUAUUUCAACGUCCAUCCGAUGCCGGUGCAUCUCAACCGGAGGCUUUGCGUGGAGGGGGACCGAGGCCCGGAGCUGUACACCAACGAGAUCGGGGCCUUGGUGGCCAACUCUAGCUUCGACCUGGUUAUCCUGGGAAUGGGCACCGACGGGCACACGGCUUCCCUCUUCCCGGGCUCGGCAAGCCUCAAGGGGGAUAAAGACGUCAUUUUCGCCGAGAGUCCCACGAAACCUCACCAGCGCAUGACGAUCACUUUGCCGCUUAUCAACAAAGCCAGGCAGGUGUCGGUCUUAGUUAUGGGGAAAAGUAAACACGAGACUGUGUCCAUUGUCAGCCGGGCUGGGAACGAACCCCGGAAAUGGCCAAUAUCGGGGGUGAAGCCCCCAAAAGGCCAGGUAUCCUGGUAUAUUGACUAUGAGGCCUUAAUGGGGUGAUCUUUCUGAAGCUGUGGGUCCCCCCCCCCCGCUUCACCUGGCAUUUCUCAACAGUGUGGUGUGAAAAUUGCCUGGGGGAUGAAUUGAGACCAAAAAAAAAAAACCCGCCCCCUUUUUUUUUUUAACUUAAUGGACAACCGCAGGCUAAAGCUGUUUUUCUUCUCAUUAAAUUGUCUAAUAACACCCAGCCAGGUUUUCUCACCACCCAGGAAAUGGCCUAAUUCUCUGUCUUGAGGCAGCAGUGAUCUGGGGAAUCCUUUGUAAGCUUCACUGAAAAAAAUGUGCAAUCCUCCUUAAAGGCUUCCUCCCUUAUUAAUUUAUCUAAUUCUGGUUAAUUGAGCCAUCGGAGAUGGCAUUUACGACCACACCUUGUGGCGCUGAGUUCCGCUAGCUCAGACUGGCCUCUGGAAGCCUUCAGGUGGAAAAUUGGGAGAGGUAGGAAAUAUUUGUCAGUUUUUUUCUACCCUCCCAGUCAAGGAACAACUUUGCUGUGUGCCUCAGUUCUCCCCCCCCCCAACCAGGAGUUUAUAUAUUAAACAACCUACCUCACAGGCCUAUCUGCUGUUUAAUCCCAGGUAAAAAUAUACAUUCUGCAAUGCAAAGACAUCUACUGUCAGAAAUUCAGUUUUGGGAUAUGAUUAGGUGAACUGAGUGGGUGCAAUUAGGCGAACUGAGAUUGCACCUGUACCAAACAAAGGUUUGCCAAUUUUGCUGCUGCCCCUCCAGUUCAAACCAGCAUAAUUCUGCUUUAGAUAGGAGAUUUAUCUUGCAAUCUGGUUUUGAUUUGGUGUCAAAACAGUUGCUCAAACUUGAGUUGGGGCAAAUGGGGGAAAAAAAUAGAGAAAUAUAAUUCUACCACUAGGUGGAGCCAUUUCCUACUUUUCAGAAUUAUUAUUUUCAGGAUAGAAAGUUUUGCAAAAAAAACCAACACUGAGAAACAGCAAACAAUGGGUGGGUGGGGAUGAUGGGGACUGUAAUCCUUCAAGGCUGGAGGGCAGCAACUUACAGAAGGCUAUGCUAGCAUAAAAAGAUGGGACAAACCACGUUUGCUUCUUCUGAAUUUAAGCCGGAGAUGGAUUAUGUUUGAUGGAAUUUCUGCAAUAAUAAGUGCCUUAAAGAGCUAUUUCCUGCUAUGGUAUUUUGAAGCUUGGCCACUUAAGUGUGUGGGCUUCAACUCCCAGAAUUCCCCAGCCAGCCUGAGGAAUUCUGGGAGUUGAGGUCCACCCCACUUCAAGUGGCCACCUUUGAAAAAACUCUUUUGAUUUAAAUAGGUGUUUUCCACUUGUGAUUUUUGAAGACUGCUGAUAUUUUUAUACUAAAUCUUCCUUCGUCCCAAAGGAUCGGUGUUCAGUAUUUAUACGCCCGGAAUGAGUUUUAAAAUUUUGUGAAGAAAAAAGAAAAGAAAAUUGUAAUAAAUCGUUUUGGCUCUUGCA